AAAAGGUUAAAAUCUUCCUUAUGCCGGGGAUAGAAAAAAGUACCUCUGAACCAAAACCUACAGAUGACCAGGAUGACCCUGGUGUUGGGGAGACAUCUGGUGGUCAGGCUGCUGAUGAGGAGGCGGGGGCAGUGGGUGGGGAGACUGAGAAUGGCCAGGGCGGUCAGAGGAAAUACAUUACUAUAGAAACUGACGUCACAGUGGAGGAAUGUCUGGGUGAUACCUCUGUAGAGGGAGUCUGGUUCUGCAGUCACUGUCGUAGUUUGUUCAUAUCUGUGUUUGCCGCCAGUUUCGAGGUCGAGGAAUUAAGUGUUUUCCUGGUUGACAACGUUCUAUAUAUAGAAGGGAAUCACACGCCAAGACAUGGGGAGAUAACCACACCCGCUAGGACAUUCACCCAGACCUUUAUUAUCCCCCCUGUCAGACCUGAUCACUAUGAUUUAUCUUCUGUCUCCAGCUUCACUAAUGGCGACUAUCUCUGUGUCUGCAUUCCCUCUCAUCUUGAUAAACACGAACACUGAUUAAUGCUUAUCUAAAGAGAAAAUAUCAAACAAUAAAUUGCAUUUCU